UGACUCUGAAGAAGCAUUUGAGACCCCGGAGUCCACUACACCAGUAAAGGCACCACCUUCACCUCCACAGCCACCCCCUGAAGUGGCAGCAGCAGUUGCAGCAGAUACUGCAGAACAAGAGAUAAAACCCCAGCUGCCCUUGGAAGACACAGGAUUAUCUUCAGAAACUGUUCCUGUAACUGAUGUGCCACACAGUGAACCAGUUGAAGAAAGCCCUUUUCGCCCCCCUCCCCAUUCUUUCUCCACUGUCUUCGAUGAGGACAAGCCAAUAGCCAGCAGUGGGACCUACAACUUGGACUUUGAUAACAUUGAGUUUGUGGAUUCUCUCCAUGCCUUAGGACCCAGCUCUCCAGAGUCAAAGAAUCGUGAUCCCAAAGCAAAUGUUCGAAGAAAAUCUACCGAUUCAGUCCCAGUUUCCAAAUCUACGUUGUCUCGAUCUCUCAGCUUGCAAGCAAGUGAUUUUGAUGGAGCAUCUUAUCUGGGCAAUAGUGAGACGUUAGCACCAGCAGCAGAUGUGUAUGGUACUGGCUCAAGUAGUGCUUCCAGUACCCUCAAGAGAACAAAGAAAUCCAGACCAGCUUCCUUAAAAAAGAAGCAGUCGGCAAAAAAGUCUCUGGAUGCUCCACCAGUGAAGGAAACACCACAGGAACCAUCUGACCUUGGCCAAGCAGGUGAGGAUAAACCAGUAUUGGAAGCAAAGGUUGACUCAGUAAAGCUCGAAUGUACUGAACCUUCUAAAAUCUCUGCUGAGAAACAGGAGGCCCCACCCGUGCCUGAAGGAUCCAGCCCUUUGGAUCCAGACAGUAUUGAAGGGAUCAGUGCGUUUAGCACUGGAGGCAGCAAAGUACAAAACUCUCCCCCUGCCAGUAGGAAAACGCUACCUCUUACAACGGCACCAGAGGCUGGGGAGGUGACUCCUCCAGACACUGGAGGACCAGAAGACCCUCCAGUCAAAGGCAUUGCAGUGAGGCUGGAGUUUGAUUAUUCUGAAGAAAAAGGGGUGAGUGAGGACCAGCAGGAGAGCACUCCUCCUCCCAAAAGAGCAGGGAAAAAGCCUGGUGCUAAAAUGCCGCUACGGAGGCCAAAGACUAAAAAAUCAGUGGAAAAGCUUGACAAUGCUCCAACCACACCAACCAAGUCCCCCACUGAUCCAAACGAAAUCCCUAUCACAAAAGGCUCUUACACUUUUGAUAUUGACAAGUGGGAUGAUCCCAAAUUUAACCCCUUCUCAUCUAGUACAAAAAUGCAAGAAUCGCCCAAACUGCCUCAACAAACGUACAGUUUUGAGCCAGAGAUGUGUGAGGACUCUAUUGACCCUUUCAAGACAUCUUCUAAGAUACCCAACUCACCCUCCAAAUCUCCAGCUUCCUUUGAGAUACCAGCCAAUGCCAAUGAAACAAAUGGAACUGAAGGAGACAACUUGAAUAAACCUGCAAAAAAGAAGAAGACGCCACUAAAAACUGAUACAUUUAGGGUGAAAAAAUCACCAAAAAGAUCCCCACUAUCUGAUCCUCCUUCUCAGGAUCCCACUCCACUGCCCACUCCAGAAACACCUCCUGUCAUAUCCACGGUGGUUCAUGCCACAGAUGAGGAGAAACUGGCAUCUUCAGUGACCAGUCAGAAAUGGACCUGCAUGACUGUGGACCUGAACACGGAUAAACAGGAUUACCCACAACCAUCUGACCUGUCUACGUUUGUCAAUGAGACCAAAUUCAGCUCUCCCACAGAGGAGUUGGAAUAUGGCAACUCAUAUGAAAUAGAAUAUAUGGAGAAAAUAGGCUCCUCUGUGCCUCAGGAUGACAACACCCCAAAGAAACAAUCUUUAUACCUAAUGUUUGAUGCUCAGCAGGAGAGCCCUGUCAAAUCACCUCCCAUCAGACUGUCUGAUUCCACAACUCCGUGCUCAGGGUCAAGUUAUGAAGACCCUGAAGCCCAGCAAUCCUCUGGAAUGAAAAUACAACAUCCAGCUUCCAGAGUUCUAGCUGCCAGCCAAGAGGCACAUUUACAGUCACCUGACAAGUCAAAGCAGAAGGACCUCGAGCCCAUGACCCUAGGGACAACUCCAGAGGCUAUUGAAAUAAGAGAUGCUGCUAUCCCAGCAGAUGUUCCCAUCUCUAAAAGUGCACUGUACUCCCGGAUGGGCGCCUCGGAUGCAGAAGGCACCACGGGGCUCCUCUACCCCCAGCAAGACUUGGACUCUGCGCUGCGACUCGCCCGAGCUGAGAUUGUUGCCAAGGAAAGAGAAGUAUCUGAGUGGAAAGAGAAAUAUGAAGAAAGCAGAAGGGAAGUAAUGGAAAUGAGGAAAAUAGUUUCAGAGUAUGAGAAGACGAUUGCUCAGAUGAUAGAGGAUGAACAGAGAGAGAAAUCUGUCUCCCAUCACACUGUUCAGCAGCUGAUAGUGGAGAAGGAACAAGCUCUGGCAGAUCUGAACUCAGUGGAGAAAUCACUGGCAGAUCUUUUCAGGAGAUAUGAAAAAAUGAAAGAAGUAUUGGAAGGGUUUCGGAAGAAUGAAGAAGUGUUAAAGAAAUGCGCGCAGGAAUAUUUAUCACGAGUGAAGAAGGAAGAGCAGAGGUAUCAAGCACUCAAAAUUCACGCUGAGGAAAAACUGGACAGAGCCAAUGCUGAAAUUGCACAAGUGAGAGGCAAGGCUCAGCAAGAGCAAGCAGCGUAUCAGGCCAGCCUUCGUAAGGAGCAGCUCAAAGUGGAUGCAUUGGAAAGAACACUGGAACAAAAGAAUAAAGAGAUAGAAGAAUUAACAAAGAUUUGUGAUGAACUGAUUGCCAAGAUGGGGAAAAGCUAACUUUGAACCAAAUUUCUGGACUUCAAUACUGAGUGCAAUAUGACCAUUGGCACACUGAUGUCCAUACAUUUAUGUGGACAGGUUAUAUUUUCACUUUUUCGUAUGCACUACUGUAUUUUCUUUCUAAAUAAAGCUGAUUUAAUUGUAUGCAGUACUAAGAUGACUAUCAGAAUUUCUUGCUAUUGUUUGCAUUUUCAUAGUAUAAUUCAUAGCAAGUUGAUCUCAAAAGUUCCUGUAUCAGGGAGAUUGUCAAGUUCUCUAAGAAAUUACAAAUUGCUGAUCCUAGCCUUCCCUUUGUACAUGAGUUCCCAUGUUGGAUGUCUUUUGGAUUUAAUAUAAACAUGUAUUACUUGCAUGGGGACUCUUGCCUUAAGGAGUGUAAACUUUAUCUGCAUUUGCUGAUUUGUAAAAUAAAAUAUAAAAUGGAAAAAAAAAAAAAGAAAAUGCAUGUCACAGAUGAAAUUCUCUAUUGUAAAUAAAUUUUUUCGUUGGAAGUUGA